UGCGCUGGGCGGCAGUGCGGCUGCGCCGGGUCCGCUCCGGGAAGCGGCCGACGGGCAGCGCCGAGGGCCAGAAAGAAGCGGCGGGGAGAGGCGGGCGUUGCGUGCCGGCAUGGAGGACGACGCGCCGGUGAUCUACGGGCUGGAGUUCCAGGCACGAGCGUUAACACCUCAGACAGCAGAAACAGAUGCUAUAAGAUUUUUGGUUGGAACACAGUCUCUUAGAUAUGAUAAUCAGAUUCACAUCAUAGAUUUUGAUGAUGAAAAUAACAUCAUAAACAAAAAUGUGCUUCUUCAUCAAGUGGGUGAGAUCUGGCACAUUAGUGCCAGUCCUGCAGAUAAAGGUGUACUAGCAACUUGCUACAAUAAAACUUCAGACAGUAAAGUCGUGACAUGUGCUGCUGUUUGGAGGAUGCCGAAGGAAUUGGAAUCAGGCAGUCAUGAAUCCCCUGAUGAUUCAUCAAGCAACACUCAAACCCUGGAGCUACUCUGUCACCUUGACAACACAGCCCAUGGCAAUAUGGCCUGUGUUAUGUGGGAACCAAUGGGAGAUGGUAAAAAGAUCAUUUCUCUGGCUGAUAACAACAUAUUACUGUGGGACUUGCAGGAAAGUUCAGCCAAAGCUGUGCUCUCUAGUUCUGCAGCCUUAGAAGGGAAAGGACAAUUAAGAUUUACUUCAGGACGAUGGAGUCCACACCACAAUUGUACACAGAUUGCAACAGCCAAUGAUACCACUGUUCGGGGAUGGGAUACACGAAGCAUGAGGCAAAUAUAUUCCAUAGAAAAUGCACAUGGACAGCUGGUACGAGACCUUGACUUUAAUCCCAAUAAACAGUACUACCUGGCUAGCUGUGGAGAUGACUGCAAGGUGAAAUUCUGGGACACAAGAAAUGUCACUGAACCAGUGAAGACGCUAGAGGAGCAUUCCCACUGGGUCUGGAAUGUCAGAUACAAUCAUUCUCAUGAUCAGCUGAUCCUUACAGGAAGCAGUGAUAGCAGAGUUAUUCUUUCUAAUAUGGUAUCAAUUUCUUCUGAACCAUUUGGACAUAUGGUAGAUGAUGACGAACUGAGUGACCAAGAGGAACAACAUCAAGAAGAGAAGAUUUUUGUAUACAGACCUUUCAGGAUUAAAGAGCCCCUUCAGGACAGUGUAAUAGCUACCUAUGAAGAACAUGAAGAUAGUGUAUAUGCAGUUGAAUGGUCCUCAGCAGACCCAUGGCUAUUUGCCUCUUUAAGCUAUGAUGGGAGACUUGUUAUUAACAGGGUUCCAAGAGCUCUUAAAUAUCACAUACUAUUAUAAUUUGUUUGGAUUAUGAUGGAAUUGUUGUCUUGAUGUACACAAUUGGUAGGUAUUGUUUAACGUUUUUUUUUUCAGGAUCUACUUUCAGUUUUAUUAAACAUAAAUACAUUUUUGUUAAGAAAAUUUGUACUUAUAUGGAUGCUUUCAAUUUGUCUUUUGUAUUUACCUUGGAAAGUAUAAUGCCUAUUUUAGAAAAGGCCAUACUAGUUGUUGUUUUUCUCUUUUUUUUUUUUUUUUUUUUUUUUUUUUGUAGCCACUGAGUGUAGGAAUUACAAAAUUUCUGGAGGUGCUGGGUGCUCUCCAUACUACUGAUUUAUUACUUCAGCGUUAUGCAGAUACAGUGGAUUAGAGAGGAGUUAACACUGAGAUAAAACUGGAACAAGGUGCAUGUGGAGGAAGUCAUCUAGUCAUUUACAAGAAUAAUAUUUUAUCUAUCUUCCUUAUAUAAGCAGCCUUCUGUUCUUAGAUAGGGUCAUGUUCUGCUGACUGUUCUGGUUCACUCUUCAACUACCGUAAAUGCAGUUGGGAAUGUUCUGAAAGGUUGUCGUAACUCAGUCCAGUAUUGUAAAUAGUUUUUCUCAUUUUGUCUGUCUUAAGAAGGAGUGUUAAUCGUGAGGAUGAAACCAUCAAAGCUGAGUUUUCAUUUAAGCUUUACAAUAGUAUCAAAAUCUCACCCUGUAAUUUGCAGAUUAAAUGCACUUUUGUGCUGUGUAUUGUUAGAAACAUCUAUCUUUACCAAAAACUCUUAUGUUGUCAUGUAAUGUAAUAUACAGUGUUUGCAGAACUUAGUUGUUUUGUAGUAUGUGUUGAGGGACUCUGGAGCUAUAUCGUUAACAUGAAAAACCUUUUGAUGUUUGUAAGUAAUCUCAUUCUUAUCCUUUUGACUCUGUGCCGUUCUGCAGUAUGAAGUAGCAGACUUUCAACUAAGCACAGAACGUCCUUUGCUAUAUCAUACUUUUUGCAAUGUAUGACCUAGGUAUCAGUGACUACCUUGCUGCAAAUGCUGAGAACAGAUGUUGCCCUGCAGGAGGAUGCUCAGAGAACUUGAAAUGUAGAUGGAAGAGUGGUAACAUAUUCCUGCACAUAUUGAUACAUCCCUACCCACUCAACUUGAUGAAAAUUCUGCUGCCUAUUCUUUGUAUACUUAGACUGAACAUAGCAGCAGUUAUCCCUUGUUGUCUUUACAUCACUGUUCCUUCCUGUUGUCUUCAGAUCUUGGGUGUGUGUGGUGAUGUUGGUUGUGGUGGCAUUCUUUAAGGCUACUCUGAAUAAGAAAUGCCAAGGCCACUGGCAUAGGCCAAUGGACAGACCAAUUCCAGACUCUGCCAGUGCUUCCUAACAGAGUUGCUGUAGUAACUGCUGGAGAUGGUUGAGGGGGGGCCUGCUCCUAAUCUCUGCUUGUUCCUUACCCACUGCCUGGAUUGAAACGUUGCCAAUUGUGUGCACUCAGCUGCUGCUGUGGGAACACACUCUGAGAGUAUUGCUGGCUGCUACAAACCAAAGUGUCCAAAGUUGAAUUCUGUUUCUAGCUUUUUGAAAAACUUGUUAGGAAGAAUUCAUGAGGGAGUUAAUUUAAUUAUAUCUGUAUUAUUGUUUGUUUAUGUGUUACUGCGAUGUCUGUCUGCUCCAGAGUGAAUGCUUCAUUGGAAAUUCUGAUGGUCUACAUUUCUGUGCUAAGGUUUUAAAUUUGUGCUGUUUGAAAUUGUCUCAAUCUGUAAUAAGGCAUGAGCUAUGCGUUUGUAUGUUAUAAGAAAAAUUACUUUUCCAACUCAGUAGAGCUUCAGUUGUUUGAAUAUCAAAAUCCUUGGAGGAGCUGCAGCUUUUGUGGAGCUUUCAGUCUUCAGACACAAAACCCUGUUGCUUUUUUCUUCCACAUAAGAAGCCCUGUAGUUUUUCUUUAGUGUACAGCACAGCUCUUCAAAAUCUCAUCAACAUUAGGAAUAAAGGUCUAAUGAAAUUUUAUUGUCUGCUAAUGUAUAUGGCUUGUAGUGGGGAGGUGACAGGAAGUCAUAUAGCCAUAUGUGGGAUUUGGUUUGAUUAUAAUGUGUAAUAAAAUCUGGGACAGAUUUCAGACUAAUUUUGAUGUAGUUGCAUUUUCUUUAAUAUCGAGAGCUUAUAUGUGACAGCUGUACCUGCAAACAAAUAAUAACAAAAAAUUAUUUCUCUUGUUUUAGUUCUGUCAAAUGUGCAUAAUAUCACACAAUAGGGAGUAAGAGGGACAGGAAACACUGUGAAGGGAAGGAGUAGCAGGUAAAAUUUGAAUGAAAUGAGUUACAGUAGAAUCAGGAGAGCAGUAAGGAUCAAGUUUUAAUCGUUUUCAUUUUCAUUUCAUCUGUACCAGGCUCUGAGCAACUAGAUCUUGCUGUCAAUGUCCAUGUACAUUGCAUGGGAGUUACAUUAAAUGAUAUUCAGAGUAGUAAAGAGGACUGACUGGAGAACUAUGGGGGAUCUUAAUAUCAUGGAGAGACUGGAUGAUGAAAUGAUAGAUGGAAUUCUAUGCAGAAAAUGUGAAGGAAACUUUGAUUUUAUUGAUAUGCACUGGUGGUCUCAAGUUACUGUUGUUAUGGAAGUAAGAUUUUAGGGUUAUAGAAGAUCUUUAAAACCAUCAGCUUAAAGUAGAUUAAAAUAGUAACUAAAGGGGAAUUGUUAGAAAGCAAGCAAAGAAGAAAAUAAAGUACUGUGUACAUUAUGUAUAUUUAUAAAUCCAUAGAGUAUAUGCGUCUUAAUACAUCUAAUUGUGUUAUCUUCUGUCUUAGAAUUGACAGUGCAACUGUAUCAGUGGAAAAGUUUUUAGAGAAGGGUGACAGGAAUGAUGAGUGGCAUGUAUAGGGAUAACUAAAAAGUCUGAGAGGCAGGUGGUUAAGAGGGAGUGAUAAAAUUCCUUGAAGUCAGAAGUCAUGGAAGGAGAGGAUGAGUGGGGAGUGAUUGUACAGUGAUUGUGCUGUGAUUUUUUUUUUUUUUUUUUUUUAAUUUUUUUUCCUGAUGGCAGAACUACAGAUUAUUAAAUGGAGUGGCUGCAAGUACGCAAAAUGAGGUUCGUCUUCACAGGGCAUGCAGCUGAGCUCCAGCAUUCCAUUACCGCUGCACCCCAUCCUCACUCCUCUGCAAAAAAUAAAACCUCCAAACAGACAACCAAAUCUCCUUAAAGUUUACAUCGCUUGGAAGUAAGCAGACCAGUACUUGAAAGGUGAAUCCAUUAAAGUUUGUUAUAAAAGUAAAAGCUCAGAAAAUCCUUUUGAACUAUGAAUUGCUGGACACCACCAAGAAUACUCGCAAGUAAUCCCUUUGUGCUUGCCUGGUCCUUAUUUGCUUUCCUAGGUGUGCUAUUUGCUAGUAAAGGGGAAAAAAAAAAAAAAAGUUUAAAGAAAAUAGUAAUAUAUUCUAUAAGGUUGUGUCUCUGGUUUUGAUAGAACUCCAUGAUUCUCUCAAAAUGCUUUACUUUGGAUGCAAGCUCUGUUUUGGGAAGUAUUAGGAAGCCUUCACAUCUCAAGUGAAUCAGUAUUCUGAAAAAUGUCUACGUUGCGAAAUGCUCCUUGGCAAGGAGACUGUGGGGGCAAACUGAUUUCUGUACAGGGUUGUCCAUUGUUUCUUCUGAGAUGCGAACUGUGGUCUGACUGACCCCCCAGCACUGGCUUGUUUCAGUGUUCAAGAGAGAAUGGUAAGCACAUAGUUACAUUUUCAGUCACCUCUUAAAUGACUUUUGUUUUGUUUUGCAGAAUAUAUAUGUUUUAUUUUUGAAAAAUUGUAUUGUGGUAUUCCUUAAAAAUGUCAGAUUGUCAAUGUUGCCACCUAAAAAUUUGUUGUAUUUCAGAUUUGGUGCUGAGAAUCUUUUCUUCGUCAGCAGUUCAGUAUGUGAGUCUGGUAUAGAAUUACAAAAAUGUUUUCGAAGUUGUUUUUAAUGUGAAUUCUUAAAGGAGAAAGAAUUAGUAGUAUUCUUAUGGGGGUUUUGAGCAUGAUCUAAAUGGAGUCAAUAGAAAUCUUGACCGUUUAAUAAAAAUCUUGAAAUAACAAUCUGGUUCUCUUUAGCUAAAAAAGAUACUAAUUUCAAAUUGGGGAAAAAAAAUAAAUAAAUAAAUGCAAAGCAAUACCCUUCAGUGCUGACCUGGAUCUUUGCUUGUGGUGUCAGUGCUAAAAUUACCCUGACCUGUACUGAAGCCCAGGAAAUUAAUGAGCUGCUUGUCAAUUUUAAAAUUAAUGAUAAAUAUGUAUUGAAUGGCAUGGAUAGACUUGACAUUUGUUCUAGGCCAAUUCUUCUUAUCUCUUACCUUUUCAUUCCUCAAAGGUGAGUGAAAGUAUCCCCUGUAUUAUGCUCAACACUAAAAUUAGCUGAGAACAGUUGGAAAGAAGUAAGCUGGCUGGCCCUUGCAUUUUCCAUCUGACAGCAGAAAGUAUUGACUCUGUAUCUGUCUCUUUUUGGAAAUUCCAAAUCUUAUGGUCUGGAACCUCUUGCAGUAUUUGAGACUGAAAUUCUUGCAGUUUAAGGUAGGCAGGGCUAUGCUAUUAAAGGCCAUAGUCUGACUGUGGUAGUUGUGUCUGGGAUAUUAAUGAUGCAGUAAAAAGAGAGUAAUGAUAAUUGUAAAUGUCAGUAUUGGAUACAAGUUUCUAAUGCUGCAGUGUGGCUAUUUGCUUUCACAGAAUAUGUUGAAGGUUGUUUGCUUGUUUGUUUUUUGUGGGGAAGAUACAAAGAAGGCACUUAAUACUACAAUGAAACCUGUGAUAUGAAAGCUGUUCUGAAGUCCUUGCUUUCUGGAAUAGCAAGGAAGAGUGCAAAUCCGGUUUAGGGAGGCCUAGCCUUCCUAUAAAGGAAACUGCUGAGUGUGAAGCUGUGCAUACUCUCCAGAAUUACUUGUACGUUGCUCCUGCACGUUCCACUUGCCACUUUGGUCAGUGAGGAACUAGUGAAGUGAAAAGAAAAUGACAUGAAGUGAUUUGGAGGAAAAUAAACAAAGGAGAAGAAAAGGUAAGAGGAGGAGUGACAAAUACAGGAUGAAAAGUGAAUUGAAAAAGGACAAGUUCAAUGAAAGAUCAUUUUGGCAAACAGAAAUAGAAAGGACAGAUGAAAUUGGCAAUAAACGAAGGGAAAGUUAUGGGAGAAAGGGGAAAGAAGUUUUGUUUGUUUGUUCUAGCUAUGUUAUAAAAGCUCCUUAAAAUCUUCUGUAUUAGUCUUUCUGCCUUAAAUGAUUUAAGUGCUAGAGAACUGCUGGCUUAUAUUUAAGGUUUUUUAGCUCUGUCAUUGGAGAUGGUUCAUAGAGGGUAGUUGCUGACAAGUUUGAAUAUGAAGAAACAAAGUGACCCAUAAGUGAUUAAUCCUUAUUGUUUGGUUUUAAAGGGGUAGGAUUUUUCAGCUGAUUCUUUUCAGGAUGUAACUGUGUGUGUGUGUGUGAACAGUUGUGUUUCAUUACAAUUCAGUUAUCAAACGGGGGUAAUCAGCCUGGGAAAACAGCACUCUUAGAGUCUGGAAUAGAUUAGGUUAGUUGGAAUGGGGGAUGCACAAAGAUAUCUGGUGCAACUGUCUGACCAUGUCAUGGCUAAUGUAAAGUUAAAGGAUAUUAUUGAGGGCAUUAUCCAAAUGACUCUUGAGUGCUGACAGGCAUGGGUCAUCAACCACGGGAAGUCUGGGGAACCUCUGGGAAGUGUUUGUCCACUCUCAAGGUAAAAUAUAAUAUAUACACACACAUAUAUAUUCUUUAAUCUGAACCACCCCAAUGCAAUUUUGUGCCAUUUCCACACACCCUGUCAUCAGUCACCAACAAGGAUUUCAAGCAGGCUGUCUCUUGAGUCACACUAGCUAUAUCUGCAAAAUGUAUCUUGUUUACGACUUACAGGGAGAGUCCUAGUGAGAACAACUCAAGAUAAUUAGAUGUGAUUAAUAAAAUAUCUGAGGCAUAUCCUCCUUUCCUUACUGACCUUGCUGCAGAAGAGCUUUGAGCUGCUUUAGAGAAAAUACUGAGCCCUUCUGUUUUAGUGCUACAGCAGCCACGACUUCAUAAAGGGUUUUAGUGCUCCAGCACAGAAGAUAACUUUGGGGAGAAAGAGACGAAUGAGUCUUCCUGAAUCCAGGAGCCGAGCUCCCCAUGUGGAGAUGCAUGGCAAAUUUGUGAGUUGCUGUUGCCCUGGAGCCACAGCAACAGCUGCCAAGCAGCUGGGCUGAGCAGGGAGGACCUCUGAUGUACCUUUUCAGCAAAUUGUCCAUUUAUUUUGAUUCUACAUAGAGUUCAGGAUUUUGGCAAGAGGAGCUGUGGAAAAGCUUUUAAGCAGAGAAUGGAUUUAGGAGAACAUGGGAAACAUUGGAAAAUUCAGAGAUGCUGCAUACUAAUAUUCACAUAAGCAAGUCUAUAUGAGCUGAACCCUGGGAUGAUAAUAGACUUGGCAGUCAUUUUCUCUGAACCUCUUCCAGUUUCUAAAAAUUUGCAGACAACUAAGGCAAGGGAGAGACUUGAAAAACUACAGAAAUGGUAUUAGUGUUUGGAUUAGUAGUGCAGAGAGUUGAAAGAGGAAAAUAAGUAUGAAUGAAGAAAUUCUUAGCAAAAAUGUGAGAGUUUGAUUUGUUUUCAUUUCAGCUUUUCUAAUAAGCACUACUUGAAAAUAGUAACAAAUAAUCAGAAAUGAAGUUGCUGCAUCUAUGUAGGGAAGUUAUAGAUUAGCUGUUCGGCGUGUCACAAUGCAGACAUGAGUAUUUGUAUAGUUUUCCUGAUCACUUUCUUUUCUAAACAGAAUGGGUUAAAUUUAGUAUAUGAUGGUACAUGAACUUAGAACACAGGUGAAGAGGAAAACAAACAAACAAAAAAAACCCGACAACACAAAACCCGAUUUUCCUAAUUACUGACCAUGGAAAAGAGCUUUGGCUUUAAAACAAACAAAAAAACCCCAUCCCUUGAUUUUUUUUGCACAGAAAGGAGUAUGAGUAAAGAAUACCUGGAAUUUGGCUUUGCAGAGAUUGUGAACAAGGAGGUCUGUUUUCCAAUAUGCAGUUGGUGGGAUAAAAUACUCACUUGAGUAAAUUCAGCUGUGUUCAGGUGUACACCUGAAUUAUAUUGAGCAGAAGUUUCCUCUCUGAAACUGCUUCUGAAAAAGGAUUAUGCUCCUCAGAAUAAGGACAUAACAGCAUAAACAGGACAGUAUCUUCUUAAAAUUAAAAAUGCCUCUUUAUCAUUAGGAGGUUGGCUAUAUAACACGUCAGUUUGAAAUAUCGAAGAGUGUUGGGUGCAUAUGUGGCUGCUGAUAGGAACUGGUAGGUAGAUGGAGCCAUAGAUACUUUGAUGCCAUUGCUUUUGUUUUGUUUUGUAUCUCAUUUUAUCUGGGUAAAACAGGAAAAAUCUGGUAGAUAUAUUAUUAUAGGAAAAUCUGUUAGCAAAAGCACAAAUGAGAGCUUCAUCACAAUGGGAUCAGUUUAAUCCUUUGCAAAGCAAAUAUCAGAGAGCUUCAACAACUGUUCUGACCACCCUGUCAGUUGUGAGUGACAGUUGCUUGGAUUCUGCUUCGUAGAUGGAUGCAUAUUUCUGAUCUAUGUUUUAAUCAUCUGUUUUCACUGUUAAUACUGCUUGAAUAUUUUCAGUCUGUUGUUGGAGUAACUUGCAGAAAUCCUGUACAAUUUUCUGCUGCAAUUCACAGACUUUUUUUUUUUUUUUUUAAAUAGAGGGCAAAGCUGCUUUUAUUUUUAUGCAUUCAUGCUGCUCUAUCAGGAGGUAUUCAGGUUUCCUUUCUCUUGUCUGCACCUCAGGGCUUAAGCUACAAUUUAAAUUCCACUGGUUUUGGACUGGUCAUUGCUGAAAACUAAGAAGAACUAUGGAUGAAGCUUGAGUAUGACUGACAUGUUCAUAUUCAUCAGAAAACAGUCAGCAGGAAGGAAUGAGUAGAGUAAUUGUUAGAUUGUUCCCUCCUUCACUGCUUGUGCAAAAUACAUAGGCUGCAGGGAGGAAGCUACCUGAGGUUAUUAAGAUUAAUACUGCUAGAAAUUCCAAUCAGCUCACACAAGGCUGCUCCUCAAGGCUGUCAGAUGCCUACUGCCUUCUCUGAUUCAGGUGGGGCCACAUCAAUUUUGAAUUUCCCAACAGAGAUUGCUGUGAUUUAUGAGUUUAGGAGGCUGAUAAAUAUGGUUAGUUGAAGUGUUUGUGAAAUAAUUGGAUCAGAAUAAUUUCAGUCAUCUGUGCUCAAUUUAUUUUCUUCAGUAACCGCAGGAGGGUGCAGUUCUGCAUUGGGAGCUUCAUCUCAAGGAUUCCUAUCACAGGAAAGACUUGUGGAACCUAGAAAAGAGCGACUUAAUUUUGCCAUCAGGCCUGUUUGACAGCCUUAUGAGCUGAUUUAAGACCCAUCAGAAUUGGAGAGUAAGUAUUCUGGGCUCUUCCAGUAUUGUCCAUGACUGAGUCUGAGGCAGUUCUGGUUUGUGCAUUGUGGAAUAAUGUCUGCUGGAAAAGCUAAUGAGUUUUACUACCUAGAGUUUGCUAACCAUUUUACUGUUCACUGGGGGCAAGGGAGAUUGUUUCUAUCUGUCUGUUGUAAAUUACUUCCUAGUGAGAAGUUUUAUUAAUAUUUCUCUUUUGGAUUUUGUGAAUUUUUCUGGAGUAGUGAUCAGUAACAGUUCUCUCUACAGUGAAGGGAGCUCCAUUGUAUCCCUGAGGAUAUUAGAGUUUUGAUAAAUGUGUCUGAGUUUAUCGUUUGUCUUCCCACAUACCCCCCAAAAAAUUAAAUUCUGGGUGGAUUGUUCUAGAAAAAGUACUGAACAUAAAAUGCAUUUGCAUUUACUACCAAAUGUAAAAGAGAACAGGAGAAAGCUUUGUGUGAUGAUUGAGUGGAAGUCAAUAGGGAAUGGAAAGCCAAGCAAGUGUUGCAGAUAAACAUCUUCCUCUUAUCAUAAACAGUAUUUUUAUUGUCAUCAAAGAGAGCUGCUAUCAGGGGAGGUUUAUGGGGGAAGGCAAUGGCUUCUUUUUGGGUAUCUUGAAUGUGGAGAGAAAUUUGGCAAGCAGGAUGUCAGUUCAUGUUUAAUAAGCUACCAGGUCUAACGCUAUUUUAUUCCCCAUUUUCACUAAGAUUCUUGGAGUGAAUUUUACUGGCUAGGAAUGUGUCAGCAGAUUGGGGAAGGCUUAUACUUUGUUACCUGAUUCUCUGUCAGAGUUGCCACAUUCUAGCUCUGUUUUUCCCUUUUGGGUUUUACACCUCAUAUAUUCCUUUUUUUUUUUUUUUUUUUUUUUUUUUUUUUUUUUACUACGGAAUGCUUGAACAACUGUUUCCCACCACAACAGCCUUCCAUCUGUAAUCUUCUGUUAAUCUUCGUGGCUUUUCUACAGACUUUCAUACGUCCUUUUGCCUCAACUCAUCACCUUUUUUGGAAUUCAGAACAAAAGCUGUGUAGCAUGCCAUAAAUGUCAGGGUGGCAGAGUGAGAGCAGAUUUCUCAGGAGUUCCAGACUUGUAAAAAAAAAAAGAUAAAUAAAUAAAUAAAAUAAAAGGAUGAAUUUAUUCUGUAAUGAGUCAGGGAUGUAGGCUGAUGCUAGAGAUAUGCCUUUCCCAAGGUGGUUUAUGUAAGUAUGAAUAUACUCAUGCUCAUGAAACAUAACCUGGCCUGCAUAUGACCUUAUUAUCUGGUCACCCAUGGCUCGAGAGCUUGGGGUAGCUCCUUUUACUGUGUGGUGAAGAAUUGCCAUGUGCUUGAAGAGGAAUAAGUAAGUAUUUCUCCAAGCUCUUAUUCUCUCAGUGUGCUUGCCUUGAAAUUCAGUAUUUUAGAUCAUUUUUCAAUACUUAAUGUUUAUUUUAAUUUCAUCUACUCAUUCAGUUUUAUAGAAGGAGGAUGGAGGCUUCAGAAUUGAAGGAACUGGUAGGAUUUGGGGAUGAAGUAGUUAGACUACAUAUAAAGAUUUGAGAACGAAGUGUAAACUGGUACCAUGUUUUUCAGAGUCCAUUAUGACAAUCUGUAUAGUAAGAUCAAAAUGUAUGGUUUUUGGAGACAUUGAGCAGCUAUAUUGAAGAAGAAGCUGGUGCACUAAGUUUGCAUAGGUUAAAAAAACAGCGAUACUCAGAAUGACAAACUAAAAUUCAUCUACUCACUUCCUGUAACUUUUCCUUAAGUACAGUGUUAAUUCCUUGAAUUAACUCAUAACAGUUCAUUUCAUCACUUAUUUAGAGACAAAAUAAGCCCUGUGACUUCUUAUGGUCCCACUUGCUGUAGCAUAUUACUGUAUAUUGUACAAAACCCUUUUUUGUACUAUGGAGUAUAAGACCUCUUAGUGAUGUGUUCAGUAUUGUGGCAGCACCACAAUGUAGUACCACGUAAGUUCAAAUAUGAGUACUAACUUCAAAAUAUAUAUUUUUAAGACAUCAUGUCCCUUUUUAAUUGCUCUGCAAGUAGGAAGAUUUUUCCAUGAAUAACUUUUUUGGAAUCUCCUUACUGAGGUCUACUCACCAUGAAAUACACACUGCCUCAGAAUGGUGGGGAAGGCAUAGUGAAAAAUGUGCUACUUAGUUGGGAUAUGGAUAUAAACCGAAUCAAAUUUGGGUUUGGGACUUAGCAUGAAAUUACAGCACAAAAUAACUGUGCUAUAUGCAGAAAAUUUUAAUAGAAAAAGUCAAAAUUAAUGCAUUCUGUGUGGUCUUUUCUGUUUGCACAGAGAACAGCAGAAGGGAAUGUGGCAGGACUGGCUCACUGGUGUUUUUGCUCUACUGCUGUGAAAAGCAUUUUCAAUACUUGCAUAAUUUAGAGCAUGACAUUAUGAUUUUCAAAGCUUCAAAUUGGAGUAAAGCAUUUACAUAAUCUAAUUAAAUCAUGUAAAUGUUUUAUGAUAAUAUUCAAGUAAGUGCAAAACUUGUUUCACAGAUGCAUCCCAUUCUUAGGCCAUUGGGAAAACCCAAUUUAAGCAUGCAGAUGGAUGUUACUAACCAUGCAUGCUUUGGGAGGUCAACACGGUGCUUACUGAAUGCUCUGUUCUUAGUAUAACCUCUGACGCCUGUUUCACACAGCAUCAUCUUUCCAAGAGCUUGAAGGUAAGCUGAUACCAGAGGGAAAGGCAAAGCAGAUUUAAAAGGCUACUUGCAACCUCUUAUAAUUUGAAUGAAAGUGAAGCUACCGCGAUACGUAAUAAAUUGCUUCAAUUUCGGUGAACAUUAAAAUAAUCCCGUGGUGAUCCUCUUAGCAGCAGCUCUGCCACAUGUAGUAUCAGAUCUCGCAAAGUAUGCAUAGUACUUGGAUGGGAAGCUACCAGGGGAAACCCCACAAAGCCUCUUGGUGACUACUAGGUUUGUUUUUGCCUCUGGCUGUGCUAACUCACAAAAUACUGGAAGCACUUGGCCAGCAUCCAUGAUGAGAGAUGCUGUCUUGUAAUGAGAUUUUUAAGAAAUCUUUUUUUGUUUCCAAGCACAUUGUCACUAAACUGUCUUCAACAGUAGUUCUUUGUUGAAUCCUGUCUUUUUUUUUCUCCUAAUACUGCAGUAAGUGAGUCCUAAUUUUCCAAAUUUAGGCAAGCUAAUACUAAGCUAGUACUAGCAGCAUUUUUUGAAGUGCAGUGCUGCAUUGCUCAGAUGAAUUUUUGUUAUUAGCAAAUGUAGGUUCUCUGAGACCAGGUUGCUGUCUCUUCUAAAUAAAAUCAUUGCAGUUUACUUUUAUUAUUGCCAUACUAAUUUACUGUAACUGAUGACAGAAAUGUGUGUAUAUACUGCCAGGUGUUUUGUGCUUUCACAGUAAUUAUAAUGGCUGGAAAGCACUAGGGUGUUACCUGUUCCAGGCUGCUGAUGCAAGUGGUGUGCUGCUAGAAACGUGGGAUGGACUGCCUACAGAGUGCUGACCUGGUUUGUGCAUAUAUUAUAACUGUGAUGUUAGUCCACCAGCACUCAUUUUUAUCCAAAAGUGAUAUAAGGGAAGCCUGUAUCUAACAUACCUCUCAAUUUAGCUAUUAUAAUUGUAUUAUUUACUGCCGCAACACAUAAUAAUAUGCAAAAUAGUAAAUUGGCUUGGAGCUCAGUGGUAUGGGGAGCUCUGGAUACAUUAAAUUCAUGUCUGAAGUAGCUCUCAGAAAGGUGAAAUAUACCAGCAAUGAAUUAAGUAUUUGCUAAUUAGACAUAGAAAUAUAAUUACUUAACAGAUUUUUCAUCUGAUUUUUGAGGGAGUAAAGCCAGUGUAAAUUUAAAAUGGAAGCUGAGGAGUUCAGCGCAUAAUGUUAACUGCCAAGGAGAACGAUGCAGUGACCUUAUUCGCAGCUACACAUGCAUCAUGUGUAGGAAUGCCUGUCAUAGCCAUAAUGAUUUAACAUCAGGGCAGGGCAAUAUUUCUUGGUUCUUCCUCCGCACUGUAGGCAGUUUCCUUUAGAAGUGGAAUGGGAAGCUGUAGGUGUUUCUGGUGAAAAAUGGUAAUGCUGGAGAGGUGCCCUUUACUACAAAUCCAGCACUGCUGCUUGCUUUAGUUCAACUUAAGAAAAAGGAUUUGCAAAGUCACAGCCUGGUAGAUGAAGUCACAGUUGAAUGAAGCUUAAGUUUCAGCAUGCUUGGAUUCUGUAUUUUGCAUUACUCAGUUGUUGGUUACACUGUAUUUAAAUAUAGUAGGUUACAUUGCGUAAGUUUUUAAGGCAGUGAGACUAUUUAAUUGCAGAAAAAGAAUGCUUUUCCUUUAAAAUCUACAAUAUUGUGGUCAUUGAAGAUGCUUAGAUUUAGACUGGAAAGCUCAUAGAACCAAUGUUUAACUUGAACUGCUAGGACACAUGCACAACUAUACAUAACCAAGGAGUUUUUGUACAAGUA